GUUUGUGCUUGGGAAACCAGUGCACAGCUUCAGUAGAAGUGUAGGGUGAAGGCUGAAAAUGUUUUUGUAAAACAAAAGAAUUCAUUUCCAUGUGGUGACUUCAUUUUCCAAUUGAUUGUUUGGCUCCCGAAGGCACUGAGAUAGGAAAGAAUCCAGGAAAAGAAAGGAGAGAGGCCCAGAAGAGGAAGCAGUGGCCAACACGGAGCAGCCAGGCUGUGGGGUUGCUUUCUACACUGAAGUAGUCCUUGGGCAAAAGCUGUGUCCUAAGUCAAUGGAAAACUACGUGGCGUCGAUGGUGUUGAGUGCACUGGGGGACACGCUGGGCUAUUACAAUGCAAAAUGGGAGUUCCUGCAAAGUGGCCCAGCCAUCCACAAGGAGCUGGCAGCCAUGGGAGGACUUGGCAACUUCAGCAUCAAAGGCUGGAGAGUCAGUGAUGACACAGUGAUGCACCUGGCCACAGCCGAAGCCCUGGUAGCUGCUGGGAAGAAUCCAGAUUUAAUGCAUCUCUAUUCCCUGAUUGCAAGGAACUACAAGGAGUGCAUGAAUGACAUGGAUGACAGAGCUCCAGGUGGAACAAGUAUGAAGAAUGCGCUGAAUCUUGACCCAGGAAGACCAGAGACCUGGAAAGCUCCCUUCAGCUCCAAGGCGGGUGGCUGUGGGGCUGCCAUGCGCUCCAUGUGCAUCGGGCUGCGUUUCCACAGUGCUGCUGAGCUGGACACGUUGGUGAAAGUCAGUAUUGAGAGCGGACGGAUGACCCACCACAACCCUACUGGCUACCUGGGCUCUCUGGCCUCUGCCCUCUUCACAGCGCUUGCAGUGAAUGGCGUGCCGCCCCAGGCUUGGGGAAAGAAGCUGCUGGAUGUGCUGCCGAGUGCCAAGGCCUACGUGCAUGAUGCUGGCUCCUUUGUGGAGGAGAACAUGAAGCACUGGUCUUACUUUGAAGAGCAAUGGAAAGCGUACCUGAAAAAGAGAGGCAUCUUGGACGGGGUCUCGCCACCCACCUUCCCCUCCAAGUACGGUGUGGAAGAGAGGGAUUCUUUUUACACCUCCCUCAGCUACAAUGGCUGGGGGGGCAGCAGUGGGCACGAUGCCCCCAUGAUUGCCUACGAUGCACUGCUGGGUGCAGGGGACUCCUGGACAGAGCUGGCUCACCGUGCUUUCUUCCAUGCGGGAGACAGUGAUUCUACUGCUGUCAUUGCAGCUUGCUGGUGGGGGGCCAUGCACGGCUUCCGCGGCAUUGCCGCCUCCCUCUAUGCCGACCUGGAGUACAAGGAGCGUCUAGAGCAGGUGGCCAAGGAGCUGUACCGUAUUUCCCAGGCUUAAUGCACUUGAGGGUAGGCCAGGGUGAGGCUUGCAUUUUUCUGUCAGCGUGUUCGCUUCAGCAGGGAGACCAUUUGAAGGCUUGGUGGUGGUUUGAUGGGAGCAUACAGCAGCAUACCCAACCUGCAAGCAGCUGAGAUGAGACUUCCCUCCUCCUCUGCACAGUGGCUGAGUCUCAAGUGGAGGAGAAGCACACACUGUAGUGCUGCCAGCAAUGCUCCAGCAGCUAGACAGGCAGCAAAACGCACAAAAGCUGCUCCAAAACAGGGUCCUGCCACUCUAAGCAUGCCAGAGAGGGUCAGAGAUUCUCAUGCCUGACUACAGGGCUGGCAGAGAUGCCUUGCAGUAAACCAGCAAUGGCUAAUGCAAGCUCAUCACCUGGUACUGUACUGUCAAUGAGAACUGCCACCAGCUCUAAAAGCUCUCCUCCUCUGCACAGCAAUUACAACAGAUAUUGCUCCAGACAGCCCGCUAGGGGAGGGAGCAAACAGCCAGUUGCCUCAGGAACAAGAAAGCUUUCGUAUGUGAUUAUUUUAGCAGACUGCUUGUUUUGUUUUGUUUUGUAUGUGUGUAGAAAGAAACAAAAACUCCGGCUGCUGCAAGUGCAUUGUGCAGCUUCAUGGCACUUUUGCUCCAGUGAAGGAAUGUAUCACACUCCAUGCUCCAAUUAACAAGGGAUGUAAGCCCUACUAACCACACCUGUAUGGAAGAUAAGGGUGGGUAUAAAGAGAACAUUAGGAGGCUGCAUUUUACAUCAACUUCAGUAGCUUCUUAGUCAAUUAUAAUUAUCUGCUUACAGCAAUGAUUAUUUCUGUUAAUGGUUAUUUGCUUACCAUUUACUGUGGAUUAUUCUAUUAAAAAACAUUUCUUCAAACCCAGA